AUGCUACCGAUUUACUACGAAACUGAAGCACCUGUCACAGAUCAAGAUGCUGUGACAAUAGCCGAUGUUACAGGCGCAGAUAGUUCCAAUGAAAAAGCAAUGCCAAGAUCAUUUGAUGACGGCGACAGCGAAGAGUAUAUAAAUAAAGGGAAUGGAAAUCGUGAUGAUGGUUCUAGAAAGCCAUGCGCUAUUGUCGUGCUAUCAAGCAUUCAAAAUCCAACGAUGCAAUCCUUAUUGAGAAAGUACCGAUACGACAAAAAUGGGGUUCUCAUACCAAGCAGUGUCAAAUACUUUAUAAAGUUUCCACAAGGUCUGAAAUCAUCAUCCAUUCUGGUUCCAUUGAAUGAUAAAGCAUUUUCACCUUUGGGCGGCUUCGUAAGGUAUUAUAAAGAAGUACCUCCCAUACCACAUGUUUGG